UGAUAGCCCGGGUAUUGAAGGGCGCUUAUAAAUACUGACGGACAGGUUCUGGAGUUCAACACUUGCCUCCAAAACAGUCGCUGUGGUGUGCACUCCUCAAGAACGAGAUCAAGAUGUCAGGUUGGCCCAUAGUAAUUCUGCUAGCGUUGGCAUCCCUGACGUUCAGCGCAAAUGCCCAGGAGUCGUGCCUGAGGUGCGGCUUCCCUACUGGGAACAAGCUCCACGCUCACGCGCAUUGUGCGCAGACUGGGCCGCGCAAGUACUUCCGCGAUCAGCACGACUGUGCGAAGUUCUACCAGUGCAACCGGGGCACUGCGUACGAAUUUCUGUGCGCUGAAGGAUAUGGGUUCAACGAGGAACAGAACGCUUGUGAGAAUAUUGCGAAAGUACGUUGCCCCACGGUAAGUUCUGAUCCGAGCAAUACACAUCAGUUGGAGUACGAUUUUGUGCGUGCGAGUGGUGCUGGACAGCGGAAUAGGACUUCAAGUCAUGAAGAAAGCUCCCAUCACAGCAGUUCGCACCAGCUGGAGCACGAUUUUGUGCGUGCGAGUGGUGCCGGACAACGUAACAGGACUUCAAGCCAUGAAGGAAGCACUUCACACCAACUAGAGCACGAGUUCGUGCGUGCGAGUGGUGCUGGACAACGGAAUAGGACAUCAGGUCAUGAAGAAAGCUCCCAUCAUAGCAGUUCGCACCAACUAGAGCACGAUUUCGUGCGUGCCAGCGGUGCUGGACAACGCAACAGGACUUCAAGUCAUGAAGGAAGCCAUACGCACCAGCUGGAGCACGAUUUCGUGCGUGCAAGCGGUGCUGGACAACGGAAUAGGACAUCAGGCCAUGAAGAAAGCUCCCAUCACAGCAGUUCGCACCAGCUAGAGCACGAUUUCGUGCGUGCCAGCGGUGCUGGACAACGCAACAGGACUUCAAGUCAUGAAGGAAGCACUUCACACCAACUAGAGUACGAUUUUGUGCGUGCGAGCGGUGCCGGACAACGCAACCAAACCACGUGCAACAUUUGCCAGCAGGCGAAGCAAGUCAUCCGACGGCAUGGCAACUGUCCCCGCACAAACGGGUACUAUCCGGUGAUGUUCCGCAACGAGAAGGACUGUUCCCAGUUCUACCAGUGCGAUCAUGGUACGGCCUAUCUCAUCCAGUGCCCGGCCGGAUUGCACUUCAACACGCGGCUUAGCGUGUGCGACUACCCGGACAAGGUGGACUGCAAUGGACCGGUACUGAACGAACACGUGACAGGUGGAGCUCACGGUGGUCAUGGUGGUUCGCCGUCCUGUGCCGUCUGCCAGAGUGCAACCAGUGUUGUGCACCGUCAUCCACAAUGUCCCACCCGAAAUGGGCCCCACCCGAUCAUGUUCCGCCAUCGAACGGACUGUACGAAGUACUAUCAGUGUGAUCAUGGCACUGCUUUUGAGAUCACAUGUCCCGCUGGAUUGCAUUUCAACACGGCGCUCAGCGUGUGUGAUUAUCCGGAACGGGUGGGCUGUUCCGAGGGUGCGGAAGGAUCGGGAGGCGCUAGUGAAGCGCCGGCUGUGGACCACCCAGUGGUGGCGAAGAUUCAUCCCAACUGUCCGGCUGUUACCGGUCGGCAGGAGCCUGCCUAUUGGGCCCAUCCGCACGAGUGCGGCAAGUACUUCGGUUGCCAGUGGGGAUGCGUGGAGCUGCUGAGCUGCCCGGCAGGCCAUCGGUGGGACGAUGCUCAGAAGGCUUGCUCGCCGGACGAGUCGCUCGAGUGUGCGAACGCGGAAUGGUAAUGGAGGGGAAUAUUUAUGAACACAUGCUGGAAGCCCAAUAGCAAUAAAGAAUAAUACAAGCAAUUA